AUGAGACAAAUUGAUUUUCUACUGAAUAAACAAUUUAUAUUAUUAUCUAGAAAAAGCCGAGUACCAGGUUUGAAUCUUCUCCGAGAGAUCUUGGCCGCAGACAGCCCGGAUACUUAUCGGUGCCGGCCUCUCAGCAAGAUAUCCCGAGCAGCAGACGGCCGUUUUGUAAUCGCAGAUUCCGUGCUCAGUUCAGCAAACAACAGCAUCCUCGAUGCAUCUAGCAGCGACGACGGUGGUUUCCUUCCAAAAUCAAGCCGCCUGAAAUCAUCCUGGCGACGUCCUCUGGUGGGUACCAGCCAAAUGAGCCUGCGCUCCGACGGCAGUGGAGUUUCAGUGAGCAUGCCUCCCUCAGCGUAUCUCGGCAUCACCAAUCCGCUGAUGCAGCCAAUGCCAACAAUCUGCACCAUAUCCCCUGGAUUCUUCGCCAGUUCCCCUAACGCUCCAGUUUCUGUUCCCUGGAGCCCCACAACGACCAUGUACCUCAGCGAUUUGAGCUCAGUCCGACAGCCAUCUUCAGUAGAACGAUCUUUCCCAACUCCUCCAGGCUACCACCAGCAGCUAAGACACCUCCAUCAACGCUACAGCCAAGAAUUGCCAUCACUGAAAGCAAUCCACGCAGAGUCCCAACGAUUUAUUCCAGUGCAUCCUUUGGCAACUUCAUCCCCGCCUCAAACUGCUGGUAGACCACGUGCUAGACUGCCCCCUCGUCAUGCCAAACACGCGCGAUCUGCUCCAGAAUUAGCAGCGUCUCCAGAUCUCCAUUUGUCAGAAACCUCACCGGAGAGCCGCUCGAGCAGUUCCGGUUUUGGUAGCAAAAAUACUUCGCAGCAAAAUCAAAGCUCACGGAGUGGCAGUACUGUUGCUGAAUGGCGACCUCCACCUUACCGACCGCCACCCCCACCACUGCUGGGCCGAUGGCUUGAACUCCAAGACCAGCCGGUUAAAAUUCCUCAUGUUCAUCCGGCGGUAGAUGUUGGUAGUGUGGACGGACACUACGAAUUUGAUCCUGUUUCUUGUACUCCGACGCCGACUUCAGCGUCAACUCCUACAAGGGAAGAACGUCCGCCUGUUCAUCACAUUCACAUCCAGCUGCCGAUUCACCAGGUUCACACGACCACCACCACCCAUCAUCAACCAUCGAGGUACUCUAGGGACAGCAUUGAGGCAAGGGUCCAGGCUAUGAAGGCUGAGUUUCAUCAGUUUAGACAGAGACAGGCAAGAAGGAAACGAAGUGCCCAGUUAGAGAGUGCUUGCUGA